AUGCUCGGUGUUGCAGCCAAGGACAAGGAUGAGCCGGUGGAUGCCCAGAUGGUCUGGGCUGGACUGGGGCCAGCGCGCCAGGCAGGGGUCUGCGUCGAGUUCCCACACGUCGUGCUGCAGGAAGAUCAGAGACUCGUUGCGGCCGAGUCGUCAUCGCCUGUCUGCCAGCUCAGCAUCACGUUGGUGUUGGGUGAGCGAGGCCAAGUCCAGAGCCAAGUCCAGAGCCAGAGCCAAAGCCAAAGCCAAAGCCAAAGCCACGGGCCUGAGCCUGGACAAAAUCCAAAGCCACGAGCUAAGGCCCAGCCACGAACCGCCGGUGGAUGGACAGAGGCGUCCAGGGCUGGUGCUACUGCCUGA